CAUUGUACUGUGUGAAAGUUGCGUGUCGUCGUCAAUAUCGAGCCGUACAACGCCGUGGGACAGCCAGUAUCAGUGUGUUACUCUACCGGAAUGUGUGCAAUUUGACGGAAAAUUAUUGAAGAAACUCUUAUACAACUCUCUUUCUCCACACGGACGUAACACGUUUAGUUGCUCUAUCUUUAAAGGAGUUAUUUGGAGGGUAUUCUAAGGUUUUCAGUCAACUCGGUUUCAUUCCACUCGAGCAAACACACAAAAUGAGUAUCUUCGGAACGGUUGAGGUCGGACCACCGAUCGAAGUUUUCGCACUGAACCAGGCCUGCCUGAAGGACACCAAUCCGAACAAGGUCAAUCUUGGCGUUGGAGCGUACCGCACCAACGAGGGCAAACCGUGGAUCCUGCCGGUGGUGAAGAAAGCCGAAGCGGCCAUCGUCGCGGACGGAAGCCUAAACCACGAGUACCUGCCGGUGCUGGGCACGGAAAGCGUCACGAAUGCCGCCUCGACGCUGCUCCUGGGCGAGGGCUCGGAAGCCAUCGCGAGCAAGCGCGCCUUCGGCGUCCAGUGCCUCUCCGGAACCGGUGCCCUACGUGUGGGAGCCGAAUUUCUGUGCCGCAUCCUGAAGCGUACCACGUUCUACUACUCGUCGCCUACGUGGGAGAACCACCACAAGGUGUUUGUGUACGCCGGCUUUACCGAGCCGCGGACGUACCGCUACUGGAACCAGGAACGCCGCGGAAUCGACUUUGAGGGUAUGCUGGAGGAUCUGCGGGCGGCUCCGGAGGGUGCCGUUGUGAUUCUGCACGCGUGUGCGCACAACCCGACCGGAAUCGAUCCCACCCAGGACCAGUGGAAGCAGAUUGCGGACCUGUGCGAGGAACGGAAGCUAUUCCCGUUCUUCGACUCGGCAUACCAGGGAUUCGCGAGCGGGGACCCCAACAAGGACGCCUUCGCCGUGCGGUACUUUAUCGAGCGCGGAUUCGAGCUGUUCUGUGCGCAGAGCUUCGCCAAGAACUUUGGACUGUACAACGAACGUAUCGGUAACCUGACCGUGGUCCAGAAGGACUCCACGACCAGCGCAGCGGUGGCCUCGCAGAUCACGCUGCUGAUCCGUGGCAUGUACUCCAACCCGCCGGCCUUUGGAAGCCGCAUCGUUAACCUAGUCCUCAACGACCCGACCCUGCGCGCCGAAUGGAUGGACUGCAUCAAGACGAUGAGCUCGCGGAUCAUCACGAUGCGGAAGGCGCUGUACGACGAACUGGUGGCACUCGGAACGCCGGGAACCUGGACGCACAUUACCGAGCAGAUUGGAAUGUUCUCCUACACGGGGUUGAACGAGAAACAAGUGGAAAUCCUGAUCAAGGAGUUCAGCAUCUACCUGCUGAAGACGGGCCGAAUCAGCAUGUGCGGACUGAACGAGAGCAACGUCAAGUAUGUGGCCAAGGCCAUCCACGAGGCCGUCACCAGAGAGGGUGUGGCUUCCAAGAUCUAGAGAGGCCUCCAGGAAACCACCAAAAGCAUUGCUUAAAGCAUUUUCUGCACGCACCGGGAAGUUGCAUUUUUCUUAUCUCUUCGUUUGUCGUGUUGUCCUUAGAGGGUGUUGUGUUUGUUAGAAACAAUUUUGGCUUUACAUAUUUCGCUGUGAGAUUUGUUUGGAUAAAUCUGCCUAGCAGAGUUGCACUAUACUCAAUAAAAACGAAACCCAUUAUACAAAAUCGCAACAAUCAAAAGUCCUCCACUGCAAUAUAUUAUGAACCAAGUAAAAGAUGAAUUUGAAACUGUGUACAAAAUUUUGCAACCACAACAGAACAAAAUAACGAAACAUUUUUGUACUACACACAUUUAUAACAGCAGAUAAAUACAAAGGUAUAUUAUCACUUCUAUCUAGAAACAAUAGGAUUGCAUUUUUAGGUAUCGCAAAUAAAACAUAUAUUACAAAAAGUUAA